CAUAAUAAACGCUAAGAUAAUUCGGCGACUCUUGUCUGUCCUCACUCCCCGAUAAUAAAAAUGAUAAAAUUUUUCAAUAAGUCAAAUCAAAGUAAUAAAAGUGAGAGCAAUUUAACCAGACUAAAAAAAUGUGUUAUUGAAUUAAGUUCAUCGGAAUUAUCACGAUAUUUGCUCAAAUUCCUAUCAGAAAAAUUACUAAAUAAAAAUGGCAGAGAAUCCAUACGUGGAGAAGCUCUUCGUCUUUGAAUUUCCCACGUGCACAACGAAUGAAAAUUAUACUCUGGAAAUUCCAAUCAAAAUACCCUAUCGUGGCAAUGUCACAGAGUUUGCCUACCGAGUAAUGUCGUCAUUCAAGUUACCCCCUUACGUGGAAACCGACCUGAUGAAUUCACUCGCCGAAGCUGUGGAUAAGUGGACUCAAGAGUAUUACGAUGAACGAGAUGAUAAACUAAUUGAUGCUGCGAUCAAUGGGGAACUUGAUGUGGAAAAGAUAGUGAAGGAAUGGGAAAAGGCGUACAAAACGAAAACAGUUGAGUACGCUGAGCCCAUUGGGACCACUGACGAGGAGCUUUUUGCUGCUGCCUAUCACAGACUGGUACACUCACCAUCCUUGGACCCUAUUCUCCAGGCAGAGCAUAAAUAUGGAAAGGAUGUCACCGAAGUUAUUCAAAUAAGAGACGGAGAAUACGAUCAGCUGACGCAAAAACAAACUGACGAAAUGAAAGUGGCAGUCGAGGCUCUGGAGGCUGGAUCUACUGAGAGAUCAAUCAACGAAAUGGCAGCGAGACACUUUGAGGAACAAAGUUUAUUACAGGGUCACUGGGGUUCAAGAGUUGACACGCUUAAAUUAGAACAACGUCGUCAAUACCGUAAUUGGAUCAUGAGAUUACUCGAGGAACAGCAAACUAAUAUGUUACCAACACCAGUGGAAUCUCCAAUGGUAUUAAUGCCACUAGUGCCCGAGCUCCUUUCAAAUAACGAUAAUAAGACAGUUAAAAACACCUCGGAUUUGCCACAAUUGGAAGAAAGCUUCACGAUACAUCUGGGCUCGCAAAUGAAGCAGAUGCAUAACAUUAGGAUUUUAACAGGAGAUGUUCUAGAUUUUUGUAGAACGAAAAACAAUGGACACAUGGAACCAACUCCUCAAAGAUUACAGACAGCUCUAGGCUUAUACUCCAACGACCUUUGUGGCUUAGUUCUUUUGAGUGAUAAUCAUUUAGGAAGUUAUUCCGGCAUCACCAAAGAACUGUGUUCUAUCUGCCAACUGACUACUGAGUUUCAUUUUCCUCCGAUCGAUGAACAACUGGAAAAAAUCAAGGACGAUGUCAAGGAGGCUGUCGCCUGGAGGCAGACACACCAUCGAGAGGGAAGUGAUAAUCAGAUUAAAAAAUCAACAUCAACUAGAUCGCUGCAGACUGGUGAUGUUUUUAUCACGAGGCAUUCUAAUUUGGCACAGGUUCACGUAGUAUUUCAUAUGGUGGUUAAUGAUUCACUGCGUUCAGGAGAUAUCAACUCAAGACAUCCUGCCAUUUUGGGACUGAGGAAUAUUUUAAAAACAGCUUGUGUUAAUGACGUUACAACAAUCACAAUUCCAGUAUUACUUGUCCAUGAAAUGACAGAAGAUAUGACAGUUGCCUGGUGUACAAAACGUGCAGAGCUUGUAUUCAAAUGUGUCAAGGGAUUUAUGAUAGAAAUGGCCUCUUGGGGGGGUGCAGAACUAAAGAAUCUACAAUUUCUAGUUCCAAAGGGAAUGUCUGAAGAAGUUUUUGGUACACUCGCUACAAUGCUCCCAAGUAUAUUCCGAGUCUCGAAUCCACUGGUUUUCAAGGCAAAUGGAGCACCGAAUACACCGAAGAAAUGAACUUUUACAUAUUUGAAUUCCAAUUAUCAGAAAUGUUUUCGUUAUAAAUUGAUAUGUACAUUUAUUUUGCUAUGAAGUAUCAGUUCGUUUGCUCACAAUUGAAAAAUUUUGGGUGAUAAUUGUGAUAAGUUAUCUGUUUAAUAAAUAAAUAUACAAUUAAAACACAA